AUGACGAAUUACCAAGUGUCUGAGUUAGUGGCAGGGUUGAAGUCUCGUAAUGCGGAGACCAGGCAUAAGGCAAUCCGCGAGCUUUUGCAUUUUGCGAAGACGGACCUCCGAGAGAUGUCGCAGGACUCGCUCACGCAGAUGCUCGACGACUUCAACCAACACAUACACGCCAUGACCUCCAGCUAUGACAACAAUGAGAAGAAAGCGGGGAUUUUAACCAUAGUGUGUUUAAUUAGUGGAGAAACUGAGACAACGAAAACAAUUCGCUAUGCAAAUUACUUAAGAAAUGUAUUCCCUUCCAAUGACACAAAUGUAUUGGAACUUGGAGCAAAGACUAUGGGCCGUGUGGCUGCCGUACUGGGUGUCAAAAGGGGAGAAUAUGUUGAGAGUGAGAUUAAAAGAUGUUAUGAAUGGCUGGCAGAAGAAAGGAAUGAGGCAAAAAGACUUUCAGCUGUCCUGAUACUCAGAGAGCUGGCGAUAGCCAUGCCUUCAUACUUCUAUCAGCAUGUGAAUGGUUUCUUUGAUCACAUCAGGCUAGCCAUAAGGGAUCCGAAAGAACAAAUCAGGGAAGCUGGUGCCAAAGCUCUCAGGGUGGCUUUAGUAGUAACUUCUCAAAGAGAACAACCUGAUCAGAGUAAAAGAGCACAUUGGUACAUCCAAUGCUAUGAGGAAGCUUCAACAUCAUUCACUGAUCAGGCUAAUAGAGAAAGGGGUUUGAGUAGAGAUGAUCAUGUGCACGGAGCCCUGUUGAUUUUAAAUGAACUCCUCAGAUGUUCAAAUGCAGCUUGGGAAAAGCAGUACACAAUACUCAUGCAGAAGCUUGAUACAGAGCAAGAUUCAUCAGAUGAAAUGUCAUCAAUCAGCACAAAGAUACACGGUUCAUGGUCUCCCCAACACUUCUCUGAUGACAGAAAUAAUCCUGUUAUCUAUGAAUCAGCUAUAUGUAAAAAGAUAAUUGAGCAGGAGUACGACAAGAUUUCUGCUGAUAUAAUGGCACAACAAAUAUCAAGACCUCACCAUGUUCAUCAAAUGCUUCUCUUAUUGAUACCAAGACUUGCAGCUUUCAAUAAGGAAGUGUUUGCGAAACGCCAUUUGAAAUCAACUAUAAACCACCUUAUAACAUUUCUAAGAAGUAGAGAAAAAGAAAAGGCAAUGGCCUUCACUACAUUAGGUUUAAUUUGUGUCACCGCAGAGGCUAAUAUUGAACAAUAUUUACCAAGGAUCAUAGAAAUCAUCAAAAUAACGUUACCCCUUAAGGAUACGCCAAAAAAACGGAAUGGAAUAGAAACUCCUUUAUUCAAUUGCAUAACUCUGCUAGGCAUAGCCAUGAAAGAGACAGUUGCUGCCGAAACAAAGGGGUUGUUAGAUUCAAUGUGUGCUACUGGACUGAGUCCACAAUUGACUACAUGUUUUAAAGAAUUGAGUCACAACAUACCUUCAAUAAAGAAGGAUAUAACAGAUAGGUUGCUAAAUAUAUUGUCACUGAUAUUACGUAAAAAGCCUUACGCUCCCAAUAAUGGCGAAAAUCACAUAUACCACAUGUUCACAACUGCAAUGUUGGUGGAGCCUCACGACGCUACCAAAUUAAUAUUAGCAUUAAGAACUCUGGGGUCUUUUGACUUUGAAUGGAAUAAUACAAUGAUGUCGUUCAUAAGGCGGUGCACGGAUCAUUACCUGCUGACUGAGCAGCAUGAUGUUAGGAUAGAAGCAGUAAAAACUGCUGCAAAGCUCCUCAUCAAAGCCAUAGAAAAGUGCGUACAAACGAACUCACGUACUUUAAAUCAACUCAUCGAUGAAUCAAUAGGUAAACUCUUGUCUGUGGGACGUUCAGAUUUUGACUAUGAAGUACGGUAUAGAGUGCUAGAAAUAUUUAUGAAUCCCAUUUACGAUCGGUAUCUAGCUGUGGAGGACCACUUGGACUGCCUUUUUGUCGCAGUUAAUGACUCAAACUCUGACGUUAGUGAACUGGCUUUGUGCAUCGUUGGACGGUUGAGUAACUUAAACCCGAGUUACACAACUCCAGUACUUCGACAAUUAUUCGUUCAAGUCUUGCUAGAACUCCAACAUUCAGAAUCGGCGCGCAAUAAGGAGCAAGCUUUGAGAAUGGUGAAUAAUAUCAUUUCGCACGCGCCCACGAUCACUCGCCAAUUUGUAGACACAAUUCUCAAAGUUCUUGUUCCGAAAUUAAAAGACGAAGAGAGUAAUGCAACGAUGGUCUCAACAACCUUGAAGGCAAUAGGAGACUUGGCCGAGGUGAAUGGCGGCGGCAGUGCCUUGCACGAGUGGCUGCCUGAGCUAUUGUCUCUACAGUACGAGAUACUGGCAGAUCCAAACCAGUUUGAAAAGAGAAGUGUAGCUUUGUGGUCGUUUGGGCAGGUAGUCAGCGCUACAGGUUAUGUCAUCGCACCGUACAUGGAAUAUCCAAAUCUCAUGGAUUUAUUAUUAAACUUUUUGAAGUCGGAGCAGCAACCGAGAGAGCGACGGGAAACGAUUCGUGUUUUGGGAUUAUUAGGUGCUCUAGAUCCGUACAAAUACAAAGUUAAUCAAGGCUUAAUAGAUUUUCAAACUGUGUCUACUUUGAUACCCACUAAGGAAUCAUCGAAUGAUAACUUUGACACGAAUAUAAGCGAAAUGCUCGUCAACAUGUCACCGUUAGUUCUCGAUGAAUUCUACCCCGCAAUUGUGGUGACGUCUCUGAUGCGGAUGUUGCGAGACCCGCUGUUAGCACAGCAUCACAUUAGUGUUGUACAUUCGGUCACGUUUAUUUUCCAAUCCUUGGGGAUAAAAUGCGUCCCUUACAUAUCCAGGGUAACGCCGAGCCUCCUAUAUGUGAUACGUACCACAGACAACAGCAUUUUCCGUGAGUUUUUGCUUACACAACUGGCGCAAUUAAUAUCUGUGGUUAAAAUACACAUUCGAAACUAUUUAGAAGAAAUAUUUGAUAUGAUCAAAGAAUAUUGGACACCAAACAGUCAGUUGCAGCCAACCCUCAUAAUGCUAAUAGAACACAUAACUGUUGCCAUCGGCACUGAAUUCAAAAUAUAUCUACGUAAGAUACUGCCGAAUAUAUUGAGAGUGUUGAAGUGCGACACGAGCAAAGACAAGUUUUUGACCGAGAAAAUGCUGUUAGCAAUACAGAAAUUCGAGAACAAUCUUGAUGACGUUCUCCUGUCCGUGAUACCAGCUAUUACGGCACUGUUCGACGGCAGGAAUGUGCCGCUUGCUAUAUCCAAAUUGGCUAUGGAGACGAUCGAGCAUUUGUCCAUGUAUUUAUACUUGAAACCUUAUUCGGCGAUCAUAGUUCAGUCUUUAGCUAAAGUUAUAGACAACAAUCCGUCCUUGAGGCUGCCUGCUUUAAGUACCCUUCGUGCCAUGAUAGUACAAUUGGGGCGUGACUACAUUGAUUACAUACCAUCCGUGGACAGGAUUUUGACCAAACAUAAGAUACAGUGUCCACAGUACACGGUGCUGGUAACCAGACUGCAGAUUAUAUCAACUCUAGCAUCCGAUGAUGAUUACUUGGAAGAAACUCGGUCGAGAUUGCGCAAUAAGAAAAAUAUGGUCACCAAUCCAACAGACCUUCAGAGCAUCCAGAAGUUGACUUUAAACGUACACAACUUGCGUAAAUGUUGGUCGGUGAACAACAUAGUGUAUAAAGAAGACUGGGCUGAAUGGUGGCGACAGCUGAGCGUCGGUUUCCUCACCGAGUCAAACAGUCCGGCGAUCAGAGCGUGUUCUACUUUGGCGCAAAACUACCCGCAAUUGGCCAGCGACUUGUUCAACGCAGCUUUUAUGUCUUGUUGGACGGAGCUCGAUGACAUGUCUCGCAGGGAACUUGUUAUUGUGUUAGAGAAAGCACUCACUGUACCUGAUUCGUUGGAGUUGUCUCUGGCCGUUCUAAACCUGGCUGAGUUUAUGGAACAUUGUGAAAAAGGUUCCUUACCUAUACCGAUAAAAUUACUCGGAGAUACAGCAAUCAAUUGUAGAGCUUAUGCAAAAGCUCUAUACUACAAGGAAGAAGAAUAUCGCAGAAAUCCAUCUACAAAAGUCAUUGAAGCUCUGAUCUACAUUAACAACAAGUUGCAGCGAAAGGAGGCGACUAGUGGCUUGAUAGAAAAAGUUAUCAAUCAGAAAAAGAAUGGCGAAUGUGCGCUGAACGUGCAUGUGCAGUGGUAUGAACAGCUCAACAACUGGGAGCAAGCUUUGGAACUUUACAACAAGAAGCUGGAUGUGGAUCCACAAGACCAUGAGUCCAGGCUGGGUUCAAUGAGAUGUUUAGAAGCUAUGGGAGAGUGGCGCAGAUUGUAUAUUUUGGCCACUGAACAAUGGGAAUCAAUGACUGAGGAUGUUAAGCUAAACUCUGCCAAAAUGGCGACCGCGGCCUCUUGGGGCCUGCAAGACUGGGACUCCAUGAAGAACUAUGUCCAAUUAAUACCAGAUAAUACGCAAGAAGGCGCGUUUUAUAGAGCCAUCAUAUCAAUUCAAGAAAGUCAAUGGUCAGAUUCAAGGCAUUACAUUGACGUAGCAAGGAGCCAGUUGGAUAUGGAGUUGACAGCUGUGGUUGGUGAGAGUUAUCAAAGAGCCUACGGGACUCUAGUCAACGCUCAGCUACUUACCGAGCUAGAAGAAAUCAUUACCUACAAACUAGUCGACGAAAGGAGAAACACGAUUCGCAAUACUUGGUGGGCAAGACUGCAGGGUGGUCAGCGGUUAGUUGAAGACUGGCGUAAAAUAUUGCAAGUGAGGAGUCUGGUGUCAUCGCCCCGGGAAGAUGUUCAGACUUGGUUGAAAUUCGCUUCAUUAUGCCGAAAGACUGGUGCGGUUAACCAAGCCCACAAAAUCGUGCUGUCGAUAAUAGGCUGCGAUCCCCUUGUGAAUCCAGACGUGCUCUUGCGCAUACAAGACCCUCGUAUCGUACUCACUUACAGUAAAAACUUGUGGGACCUCGGUAAUAAGCGCCAUCCUUACGAAGUAUUGCAAAGAUUCGUGGAAAAUGCCGAGCCCGAUUCCGAAGAGCAGUGUCGCCUACUGGCUCGGUGUCACCUAAAGCUCGGCUCCUGGUGGGAAGCUAUACAGGAGAUCAACGAGUUAUCCAUACCAGAAAUUCUAAGGAAUUAUUCGGAAGCGACAAACCUCGCACCAGAUUGGUACAAAGCAUGCCACGCGUGGGCUUGCAUGAAUUUCGAAACCGUUUUGUUUUAUAAACAACAAGAUAAUAUCUCGGACAGUAGUAUCGCCGGUGGUUCCGGAGAAAAGAAAGUGUCACGAGCCGACUUCAUAAACACGCAUACCAUACCAGCAAUCGAAGGGUUCUUCAAAUCUAUCAGCUUAGCGAAUGGCAACGCGUUACAAGACACGUUGAGGCUUCUGACAUUGUGGUUCGAUCACGGUCACCACCCGUCAAUUUACGACGCUUUGUUCGAAGGAAUACGACAGAUAGACAUAAAGAUAUGGCUUCAAGUGAUUCCACAACUUAUUGCCAGAAUUGACUCGCCUAGAAGCUUGGUGGCUAAGUUGGUGCACAUUCUCCUAAUAGACAUCGGCAAGCUGCAUCCUCAAGCAUUAGUAUAUCCAUUGACGGUGGCAACAAAGUCCUCAUUUGCGACGAGGAAGAAUGCAGCGAAUUACAUUUUGAAGACCAUGUGCACGCAUUCGCAGAACUUGGUCAACGAAGCCGCAAUCAUAUCUGAAGAGUUAAUAAAGGUGGCUAUAUUGUGGCAUGAUCAAGUGUACAUAGCGCUGGAUGAGGCUUCAAGGUUCUGCUUAAGUGAAAAAGAUUACAAAGGCAUGUUUAAAUCUCUGGACAAAAUGCACGCCAUGUUGGACAGACCUCCAGAGACAUUGAAAGAAGUUUCAUUCCUGCAGAUGUAUGGAAGGGAUCUUAAGGAAGCUCAGCGUUGGUGCGACAUGUAUAAGGAGACUAACGAAGACAGAUAUCUGAACGAAGCUUGGGACCUGUACUACCACGUGGUGCGUCGCAUCCAAGCGCAGUUCCGUUCGCUCACGUCUCUGGAGCUGCAGUAUGUGAGCAAGCGCCUGCACACGUGCAAGGACUUCGAACUGGCUGUGCCUGGCUCAUACGUCCCUAAUCAGAAGAUUAUAAGGAUAUCAUACAUUCACAGUCAUUUGCAGGUAAUAAAAUCAAAACAGCGUCCACGGCGUCUCACAAUUCAGGGAUCGGACGGCAAGCAAUACAUGUUCCUCCUGAAAGGCCACGAGGAUCUCAGACAGGACGAGCGAGUGAUGCAACUGUUCGGGCUAGUUAACACCCUUCUACAAGCUGACAGUAACACCUACCGCCACGAUUUAGCGAUACAACGAUACGCUGUCAUACCACUGUCGCCUAACUCCGGCCUCAUAGGCUGGGUGCCGCAAUGUGACACCCUGUAUAAUCUUAUAAGCGAUUAUAGAGACAAGAAAACUAACAAGAUGGCGUUGAAUACUGAACAGCAGAUCAUGUUGCGUAUGGCGUCGGAUUAUCAGAAGUUAAUGUUGAAGCAUAAGGUGGAGGUGUUCGAGCAUGCACUUUCUCAAACCCCAGGGAACGAUCUUGCAAGACUCCUGUGGCUCAAAAGCCCUACAGCCGAAGUGUGGUUCGAGCGUCGCACGAACUACACCCGCUCGCUGGCCGUCAUGAGCAUGGUGGGGUACAUCCUCGGGCUCGGAGACCGACACCCCUCCAAUAUCAUGCUGCACAGGGUCACUGGGAAGGUGCUGCACAUCGACUUCGGAGACUGCUUCGAAGUGACGCAGACGCGAGAGAAGUUUCCAGAGAAGAUUCCGUUUAGACUGACCAGGAUGCUUAUCAAUGCUAUGGAGGCCACCGGCAUCGAAGGCACAUACCGCUUCAUAUGUGAGUCAGUGAUGCAUGUCCUACACAAGCACAGAGACAGCGUGAUGGCGGUACUAGAGGCGUUUGUGUACGAUCCUCUACUCAACUGGCGGCUGGUCGACAACGAACAUCAUUCCCUCACCGAAUCCUCAUUCUCCUCCGACAUCGAUUCUUCAUACACAUUACUCAGUAGAAGUCGAAAUCACUUACACUAUGAGUCGUUAGAGAUGCCUCCCGAAGCGAACUUGAACAAGCGAGCGAUCGCCAUACUGAACAGGAUUAGAGACAAGUUGACUGGAAGGGACUUCCCGUAUGUGGAGUCGGUGGUUAGCGUACCGAAGCAAGUCGAUUUGUUGAUCAAGCAGGCGACGAGUAAUGAGAAUCUAUGCCAGUGCUACAUAGGGUGGUGUCCGUUUUGGUAAUCGUCCAGGGAUUAUACAGGGUGAGUUUUUUGCUGGGCUUUUUGGCAGUUAUUUUAAAGCUUUGUUUCGAUCAGUAACAAAAUUUACAGAACUCGAUUUCUGCAAGUCAUUUUUACCGUUUAAAUAACCAUGGCAAAUUGCACAUGCAUAGAACUAUUGAGAUAUUCCCGCAGUAAAAACGCCUCAUAAAUUUCUUGUUUAGUAAGAACUUACUAAGGGAGGGGAGGGCUAUAUUCAGCAGUAGACUUCAUUUGGUUGACAAUGGUGAUAAAGUCUUUAAUUGCACAACGAUAAAGAGCAAUCAAGAAAAGAUAUUAUAAAACAUCUAUUUUUUAUAUGUUCAGUUGAUAGGUAGCCGCAAUAAAAGACCUGACUUGAAACUCUACCUAUAUAUUAUCCGAGUUACUUUCACUUGUAUAAUGAUUGAUUCCUACUGAUAUUGUGUUGAUUGAUCAGAAAAUUCUUUUAGAAUGAGAGAAGGAAAGUAAAUCAAAUAUAGUAACAUUAUAACUUAUUGUUUAAAGCUUUAUUAUUUUUUGUGUAGUCAGAAAAUAAUGGUACAUUGUAUUCGAUAUUUAUGAAAAUACGUUGCAAUGAUAUAUUACAUUAACGCCAUGUUUACAGUACUCUAUACAUUGUCCUUAAAAGUAGAGUUUGCGUGUUCGACGCCCGUACCGAUACAAAUGAUCAGCAUCAUCAGCAAAGUCUCUGGGUGUUUUGGACCGAAACUCCCCCUAAGUUCCUGACACACCUCACAACACACUUCUUCCUUACAGCCUGACCAGGAAAAAACUUGCUUUAAAGACGCCAUUUUUGGUUUUUCAUUUUGGAUUUAACGUUGUUAACAAUCAGUUCCAUAUUUUACAUAGCCAUUUUUUUUUCAUGUCAGACUACAAUAUCUAUCAUGUAAUUAAGUAUAUGUACAAAAUGUAUCCUUGUAAAUAGUUUCUGUUUAUUAUAGUUAACAUAAUUUAUUUUUCUUUACUUGUAUUUAUUGUCAUUAAGUUUGUAAGUGUUUUGUAAUAAUUAUAAUUGACUAUUGUAAGAAUUGUGUGUUUAUUAAAAUUUAACUAUAUUUCGGAUUUUAUCACUGUUUUAAUAUUUAUCACUGUUUUAGGACUUAGGGUCUCACCCUGGCCAUGAAGGCUGCAAAGUCUUCAAAACGUCGGGAGAAAACUGAAAUAUUAAAACCGCGAUAAAAUCCGAUAAAUAGUUUAAUUUUAAUGUCUAACAUUCGCGUAAACAUAAGAAAUUGUAUGUUUCUGACGUAAACAGAUUUUCCAGGAAGACUGAUAGUUCCAUAGGCUUUCGCAGAACAAAACUGGUCGUAAUAUAUUUAUUCAAUUUAGUAAUAUACACUUCUGCCUCAUUUAGAACAAAUGAUACGGAAUCAUAAAUCAAAACAAUGAUAAUACUUAUUGGAAUUUAUCGCAAAAAUGUUUUGAACAUUAAAAAUAAUUUGUCAAGGUUUGUAUUUAAAUAUUUAUUAUAUUCAUUUGCUAAAUUUAUAUUUAAAUUUUCACGUUCAAAAUAUGAGUGCGGAAUGCAAUAAUGAUUGAAUAUUGACACCACAAUACUACACCCACCGUACGUCGAGAAUGUUUGUAUUUACAAAACUCAGGGGAAGUCCCUGCUCUAGACUCAACAUUUAUAGUUAUAUUUCACUGUAGUUUCAUUGGACGUGGUUAUGUUGUAUUAACUAAUGCUUUUAGUAGGUUUUAUAAUAUGCUGUUUUAACUACAAAUAAAAUAUAAGUUUAAAAAUAAAGUACUAAGACAGUAUCGUGGCCGUGACAUUUGUUAUGUAUAAAUACAUUUCUUUAAUACCGUGAUAUUUAUAAAAUAGCGUGCAGUUGUAGUGUUCUUAUUAUAUUCAAUAUUUGACCUUUAAUAGGCUUUACACGAAUAUACUUUAUACAUAGCAUUUCAAAUUUCCAGUAAAUUUUAUUUGACAAUUAUAAUAUUAAACAGCUAAUGUAGAUAGUACUUAUUUCAUUAACGCUUAUUUGGGAGCAUGUAGUAGAAUGUGACCUUUGUAUUUGACGGCUCAUACACUUAUAUGAUGAGUACCAUUUACUCAGAAGUUUUGAAAUAGGCUCUCAGUCUUCUGAAAUUUAAUAAAAUUUGGCAUGUCUUACAUAACCUCGUCCAAGGUUAAUUGUUAAAUUCGUGUUACGUUAUCAAUUGUACAUAUUAGUUUAGGUAUUAAGUAUUUUGUAAUCCUUGAAUUACACAAUAAAUUGUACAUUAUUA